UAACUCUAUAAAUAAGCACCUCCAAAGGACUUACCAAAGACAAGAAAACAGAGCCAUGGCAUCACAUGAUCAAGAAGCCUUCUUGACUGCAAUGCAGAUAGUGAAUUCUUCGACGGUUCACGGGGUCUUAAGUGCCCUCUUUGAGCUCAGUGUCUUUGACAUUGUUGCGCAGAAAGCUGGCUACAAUGGCUACCUGCAUCCUGAUGAAAUCGCUGCCAGCCUUCCCACGAAGAACCCUGAGGCCUCGGAAAUGCUUGAUCGUAUGCUUCGCUUGCUGGCUAGCCACGAUAUCGUUAAAUGCAAGCUUGUGAAGGAUAGUGGCAAUGCUCUUCUGACAAGGGCCUAUGGCCUGACACCGAUCUCUCGGUAUUUUGUUCAGGGUGUGGCUGGACCUUGUCUGGUUCCUUAUCAUCAAUUCAUUCAUCACAGAGAAAUGCAGAAUUGUUGGUAUAAACUCAAAGAUUCAAUCCUUGAUGGAGGGAUUCCGUUUAAUCUAUCUCAUGACGGAGCCAAUGUGUUUGAGUACCUAGAGAAAGAUAAACAUCUCGCGAGUCUCUUGAGCGAAGCAAUGGAUAAAUCUAUCGCUACUUCCAUGGACAUUCUUCUAAAGAUGUACAAAGGAUUCGAGGGAGUGAAACAAGUGGUGGAUGUUGGGGGUGCUCAUGGCGCAACUCUAAGUUGCAUUGUUUCUCUGAACCCUCAUGUCAAGGGCAUCAAUUUCGACUUGCCUCAUGUGGUUAAAGAUGCACCUAAGUUGCCAGGUAUUGAUCAUGUCGGAGGAGAUAUGUUUGUAUCUGUGCCUAAAGGAGAUGCUGUGGUGCUUCAGAGGGUACUUCAUGACUGGACCGACGAAGAAAGCGUGAAGAUUUUGAAGAAGUGUUAUGAAGCCAUACCAGAUUACGGCAAAGUGGUUAUCAUAGAGAUGAUACAUUCAGAGCUCCCGGAAACUGAUGUCAUUGCCAAGAACACGUCUCAGGUGGAUAUACGAAUGAUGGUUGUAACCCAUGGCGGAAAAGAGAGGACUGCCAAAGAAUUUCAAAUGCUGGGAAAAGAAGCAGGGUUUGCAAGCUCCAGGUAUAUAUGCGGGGCAGAUUUAUACGGUGUUGUUGAGUUGUACAAGAAAUGAAUCUGCACAAUCUUUCCCAGAGUAGCACAACGCAACUCUGUUGCGCUUAUUUGGUUGUAAUAAUUUUGUCACACGUUUCCGCAUGUCAUGUAAUCAGAUUGUAUCAAGAACGCCAUUUCUUGAACAAUCAUAUGCACUAAUUCUGCUGAUUGAACAAUAAAAUUCUCAGUUUUUCGCUUUA